GCUUGGGGCCGCGGAGUCCGGCCCUUGGAACGUGAGACCUCAGUGACUCGGGGCUGCGGCGCGUGUGUCCCGGCGCGGGGUUCCUCCCACGCACUCAUUCAAAAGAUGCCGAAGGGGCGGCGAGGCAGCCGGAGCCCCACGAUGAGCCAGCGGCCGGCGCCGCCCCUCUACUUUCCGUCGCUCUACGACCGCGGCAUCUCCUCGUCUCCGCUCAACGACUUUAACAUCUGGAAGAAGCUCUUCGUGCCGCUGAAGGCGGGCGGGGCGCCGGCGGGCGGGGAGGCUGGGGGCCGACCCCUGCCCCAGGCGCCCUUCUCCCCGGCGCCUCCGCCGCCGCCCGGCCUGGGUCCCCCCAGCGAGCGCCCCUGUCCCCAGCCCUGGCCCUCCGGCCUGGCCUCCAUCCCUUACGAGCCUCUGCGCUUCUACUCGCCGCCGCCGGGCCCGGAGGUGGCUGCCUCGCCCCCGACUCCCAGCCCCACGAUCGUCCCGCUCGCCUCUGCCCCCCACCCCGAAGAGUUAUGCGAGCUGGAGAUCCGGAUUAAGGAAGUGGAGUUGCUCGCCAUCACUGGGGACGGCUUCGACUCCCAGCGCUAUAAAUUUCUGAAGGCGCUGAAAGAUGAGAAGUUACGAGGACUGAAGUCCAGGCAACCCGGAAAGCAGUCGGCCUUGCUGUCCUGAGGAGCUGCUCUCCAGCGUCGGGCAGUCCCCUCCUUAGGUUUUAGUGCUUAGAUAACGUGUCCCAUUCCUUGUCAUUUCGAAGAUGGUUAUUUUCUGUUCUGUAUUUACUGCUGUUAUUGCUCCCAGCAUGUACUCCACAUAGAGUAGCCACAUGUGUGGUCAAUCGCA